UCCAGGUUCAGUGUAUAAUGGCUGUCUGUGACUAAAACGGUCUGAUGGUCCAGGUUUAGUGUAUAAUGGCUGUCUGUGACUAAAAAGGUCUGAUGGUCCAGGUGUAGUGUAUAAUGCAUCCUCAGAGGGGAAUGGUGAAGAAGGUGGCAGGAUGCAGGCCAGGAGUUGCUCCAAAAUUGAGACUCAUUGAUCUCCCUCUUUUUCAGCUCCCAGUGGCCUCUGAGACGAAGAAACGGCAAGCUCCAAAAGCUCCGGAACUUCCCAUUCUGGAGAGGAGAAACUGGCUCAUCCACCUGCACUACAUCCGCAAAGACUAUGAGAUCUGCAAGGCAAUGAUCAAAGAGCAGCUACAGGAGACCCAGGGAAUGUGUGAAUAUGCCAUAUAUGUACAAGCUCUAAUCUUGCGUCUGGAGGGGCAGAUCCAGCCAUCCCUGGAGCUGUUCCAGAGUUGUGCCAUUCUCAAUCCCACCAGCCCCGACAACCUCAAACAAGUGGCCCGAUCACUUUUUCUGUUGGGGAAACACAAGGCAGCCAUUGAGGUUUAUCAUGAAGCUGGGAAGCUCAAUGAGAAAGACUGGGAGAUCAACCAUAAUCUGGGUGUAUGCUAUUCCUUCAUAAAAGACUUCCAAAAUUCUGAACAGCAGUUGAAUGCAGCCCUGCAGUUGAAAAAACACGACAGGACAUUCAUGACACUGGGAAAGGUCCACUUGUUGGCGGGAGACACGGACAAAGCCAUUGAAGUGUACAAGAGUGCAGUGGAGUUCUCUCCAGAGAAUGCAGAGUUGCUGACCACUCUGGGGCUCCUGUAUCUGCAGUUGGGAAAAUACCAAAAAGCAUUUGAACAUCUCGGGAAUGCACUUACUCAUGACCCUAAUAACUAUAAGGCCAUCCUGGCAGCAGGCAGUAUGAUGCAGACCCAUGGGGACUUUGAUGUGGCCAUGAACAAGUACCGCGUGGCAGCGUGCAUGGUCCCCGAGAGCCCCCCGCUCUGGAACAACAUCGGCAUGUGCUUCUUUGGCAAGAAGAAAUAUGUAGCAGCCAUCAGCUGCCUGAAGCGGGCCCACUACCUGUCUCCGUUUGACUGGAAGGUACUGUACAACCUGGGCCUGGUGCACCUCACCAUGCAGCAGUAUGCCUCUGCCUUCCACUUCCUCAGCGCUGCCACCAACCUGCAGCCCCACCUGGGAGAACUCUACAUGCUACUAGCAGUUGCACUGACCAAUCUGGAGGACGUGGACAAUGCCAGGAGAUCCUAUGAACAAGCUGUGGCUUUAGACCAGUCCAACCCUCUGGUCAACCUGAACUUUGCCAUUCUGCUGUACAACCACGGGGACAAGAAGGGAGCCCUGCAACAGUACCAGGAGAUGGAAAGGAAAGUCAACAUACUGAAGGACAGCAACACAGAGUUUGACCCUGAGCUAAUGGACAUGGCUCAGAAGAUGGCCACUGCCUUGCAGGUGGGAGAGAGCCUGGAGUGGACCAAGCCGGUCAAAGACCCCAAGUCUAAGCAGCGCUCGGCUGGGGCCCCCAGUAAAACCCCUGGCAGCUCCCAGCAGCCGCUAGGCACCAACCAGGCCCUGGAGCAGGCCAUGUCCUCCGCCGCAGGCUACAACAAGAGCAUCACACUCCCCACAGGAGUGUCCCCCCACAGCCAGCCCACGCCCCCCUCCCUGGCCUUGGAGGAGGAGCCUGAUGUGGAGACCACCCCCACCCGAGCCCCUCAGCCAGAAGAGUCAGACCCCUCCACCACCAUGCCCCCUCUGGCAGCCAAACCCAAAGUCAAGAAGAACAAGUAAUAAAGCAAGAGCUGAACUAGACUAGACGUCCUGUAUCUAGUCCACAGGCCGGUAGUGUAUCAUCACUCAGCUUAUCUAGUCCACAGGCCGGUAGUGUAU